CCGGCCACCAUGACCGCCACGGUUGUACUCGGCGUGGACCUGGGUACCACGGCUGUAAAGGCAUGCCUGUUAUCUGGCCAUGCCCAAGUCCUCGACAGCAGUACCAUAGACUACUUAGCCCCUUCGCUUUAUCCUCCCGAUGCAAAACCAUCGAUAACGGAUGUGUCUUGCAUUCUCGUCACGGUUCGAGCGGCCUUGCAAGCCCUGGCCAUCAGCCAGUUUCCACCCACCGCCAUCGCGCUGUGUGGCCAGAUGCAUGGGAUUGUGUGGUGGUCGGCCAAAGAUUUGGCACGAGGUGUCGACCACCUCUUCUCAACCUCAUCCCCGACAUCGACAUCGUCGGCUCUUCCAUGGUCAUCGUUGAUCUCAUGGCAAGACGAUCGUUGUGACCGAGCUUUUCUCGACGCGUGCCGCCACCACGCCCAUGCCGACUUGUCCCCGCUAGCCUCUGGUUACGGAUUGGCCACCUUUGCCCAUGUCAUGCAACACACGCCGUCCGUCGUCAAUGGCUUGGACACAUGCGGGACGAUCAUGGAUUUGGUGGCCUUCGCAUUGUGUGGCCACACGACAUCGGCUCAAGCCACGAUGGACGUCACGAACGCGUUUAGCUGGGGAAUAUUCGACUCGACAGCCAACGCGUGGCCUUCCUCGUCGGUGGCUGCGUUGGGAAUUCCCGUCGAGAUGCUACCGCAAGUCGUGCCUUCAGGCACAGUCGUGGGGGUCGUCGUGUUGUCCAAUGCUUUUGGGGAUAUUCUGAAUAUCUCCAAGGCAAACAACGUGCGAGUGUACGUCCCAAUGGGCGAUCAUCCGUGUUCCGUCUUGGGAUUGCUCCAAGCUCAAAACAUCGAGUCACCUGUUGAUGUUGCCAUGAUUAACAUUGGCACGUCGGCGCAACUGUGCUUUGUAACCCCCCCACCAACGGACAACAUUCCCCCAAGUCUGUUGGGUAACAGCGCGAGCAGCUUUGAAAUACGACCGUAUUUCUUUCAGCAGCACCUUCAUGUGGCCGCCGCCUUGACUGGUGGUAACAUGUUUGCCUACUUUGUGGACAAUUGCCUGGCGUGGACAAAUGUCUUGGGAUCGGUUAAUCAUCCCAGCAAGUCUGUGGGCGAUAUCAAAAUGCAGCAAGACAACAUGUAUGCCAAGGUGAUUGCCGAAGGUCUGAACCACACAAACACAACGCUAAUCUGUCGGCCGACCUUUGGCGGCGAGCGCAACGACACGGCGGACAACAAGGGCGGUGUGAUGCUAAACAUGCAUCUGGGUAAUUGGUCCAUCGGGGAUAUGAGUGCGGCGCUGGCUAGGGGUAUCGUGGCCAACUUGGUGGCGUUGUUUCCACUUGAUAAACAAGCAGAGUUCAGUCGACGCCGGUUACUCGGCAGUGGCAACGCGUUGCUUCGAAAUGCGCUGCUGCAGCAUUUUGUCCAAGUCGAGUUGGAUUCAACGACACUGGAGCUGUGUCCAUCCAGUGACGCGGCGGCGGGCGCGGCGGCGCUGGUCGUGCAACUGGAACGAGCUCGUUGUGAACAUAUCAUUGAAUAGAUGUACCCACACUUGUGUAAAUAUGUCUUGUACAAGGCAUGUACUAAUACUGUGCAGUGCUCAACAUUCAACGGGUAAUAGUAUUACCGCGAAAUGUUUAAUUGAGAAAUUCGUAGAGUAAGAACCACUCAGAAAUAUAAUAUAUAUAUAGAUAUGUACUGUAUAUUUUUAAUAAAGUCCUUAAUUUUUUUAUUCUAUUAAAAUAAAAAAACAGUGUUCUUAUUUUAUAACUAAAAAAUUGUACUAUAUUUUAAUAUGUUUGGCCGCUUCUUCCAAGCCUGUGUGAGAAUACGUAUAGUAGAUCUAUAUAACCUUUUGCCUGCAUUAUUGCGGCUUAUUAUGGCCGAGUGCAUACAUUAUUGGAUACAAUAAAAAAUGCAAAACUAAACGAAUUGCAUCGACGCGCGCACAAAUGGACGUGUCAAUCCGUCAAGGAGUUAAUUUACAAGUCCAAGAACGAAUGCAGAACAAACCUCUGAAUACGUAUACUUGUACAGUAGCCAUAACGUUAAUGGUUAAAAUGUACGUCAACGAAUUAUGGUCAUUCUCCGAAAUACCUAUAAUCUUGCCGUUGGUUUGAUGUAUAGGCCAUCUCAAUAUGCAUUGUCGUCACCGAGAAACCGACGAACAAAAAAGGCUCGAAAAAUGCCGAUGACCAGCGCCCUACGUUACUAGUAGUUGUAUUGCAACCAUUGGCAUAUCAUUGGCAUAUUAAACGUUAAGAAGGAUCGCACGUGUACAGUAGUUGGCUGGAUUCGCCACGUAGUCGUCGUAAUGACACGGAGACGUAAACUGUUGGUUGUCGGCGUCGCUGCGAAUGAAGCUGUACCCGUAGUACGGCCCCAUGUAGAAGUCGUUGCCAGGGGAUCACUGUAGCAGCACGGUGGUCCACUGCGACCCUGUAAAUAUGAGAUAGACCAAACCACAGGUGGAUUCUGCCAUGUCGACCCUUGUCAUGGACUUAAAUCUCGAGACGAUUCCUUGUCAUCGACGUCAAAUGUAAUGUUGGGAUGAAGAGUCGAGUAGCGUUGGGGAAGGGUUGGGACGGCUGCUUUGGUGGGUAGUUGUUGUUCAGCACCUAAUGGUCCACGCAAUCGGUGGCAUUCACCAGGUCAGGUACAAGAGCCGACGUUAUUUGUUGCGGCGAUACAGCAUUCCUUUUCGCGGCAAUGUGCAGCAGUGACAUUAUUGUGGCUGUACAAGCACACACGCCC